AUGAAGGCUGCCUUCGUCACUCUCUGUGCGGUUGCAUUCCUUACUCCUUCGUCGUCCGAUGCCAUUCAGUCUCCAACCCACCGCCAACUGAUCCUGGAAGGGUCAAUCGUCCCAGCCAAGACCAAGACGUACACGGUUGGCCUCCGCCACUCGGUUGACGGCGAGAACGUCUGCGGCGGGUCCCUCAUCGGCCCGAAGCACGUUCUCACGGCGUCGCAGUGCGCCUCGUACGACAUCCGCUGGGCGUCGAUCGGGUCGCACUACCUCAAUGGGACGGAAGACAGCGAGCAGAUCAAGGUCUUGUCGGUCAUGAACAACCCAAAUUUCUCGGCUAACGUCGCGUACAGCGACGACUUCGCGCUCUUGGAGCUGGAAUCCGCGAGCGCUUUCAAACCCGUGAAGCUCGCAUCGUCAGACGACUCGGAUUUCAAGGCGGGGGCUACAGCUACAGCGCUUGGAUGGGGGUUCACGGCUGAGGAGGGCACGAUGUCCGAGGAACUGCGACGGGUUGACUUGCCUCUCAUCAGCGAGAAGAGCUGCGCGCAGGUUUCGACCAUUGACGAUUCGAUGCUGUGUGCUGGAGGAUUGAUCAGCGAGGAUGUCUGCAGUGGCGAUACUGGAGGCCCGUUAGUUGUUGAGUCGAGCCGUGGAGACGUCCUCAUUGGCGUCGUGAGCUGGCGCAGCGACAACGCCUGCGGACGGGGCCCCUCAUAUCCAGGAAUGUACUCACGAGUCUCCAGUGCUCGUGGCUGGAUCGACCCGAUCAUCAGCAGCUCCUGCUUCGACUAA